AUGCUCGAAAAGGAGGUUAACAUCGGUCUCGGCCUCUUCGCCAUUAACCCUAAGCGGACAGCAGUCAUUGAGUUCACGGUACCAAUGUUGAUCGGGUCCCUCAAGAUUUUUGGGGGCCAGAGGAGUCCUCAAGUGGAUCCCUGGGGCUUCCUCCUCCCGCUGGCGCCUCUAGUGUGGACGGCCACCAUGGCAGCCCUCGUAUUGGUGUCAGCGGCAGUGCUCCUCCCCUAUGUGCGGUUCCACAAGAGGGCAGACGUGGAGGAAGUCGUUGUCAAAACACUCAACACCACUGGCAUACUGCGUCAGUUGAUUUGGUGGGAGCGUCUGGUGCUGGGGCUGUGGAUGCUGACGACGCUGGUACUGGCUAAGAGCUACGCCGGCCACCUCAUGUCCCUGCUGGCAGUGAGACACGUGCCGCAGCCCUUCCAGAGUCUGCAGGAUGUUCUGGACGCACCGCAUGUCAUCAUGAUAUGGCAUGAAGCCAGCUCCCCGGCACAGAACAUGAAGGAUGCCACAUCAGGGAUCUUUUACGAAGUCAAGAAGACAGAGGGAGAAGGACGCCUCCAGUUUCUCCCUAUCAUCGAAUACCCCUCGGUUCUCAGCGACGUCAGGAUUCUGAGCAUGAACGAGGCGGGUCUCUUCCAACUGUGGUUUCAAAAUGCUAGGCCCAACGCCACGGCCUGCACGUCUUCCCCCACCAAGGUCACCGUCAGUGCCUCCUUCUCCCUCACCAACAUCUGGGCCAUGUUCGUGGUGCUGAUUGGUGGACAAGCCCUCGGCCUCCUCUUCCUGUGCCUGGAGGUGCUGCACGCCCGCAUCUGUUUCCAUCCGGACCAGAAAAUUUAA